CAGUGCUGCAGCUCGUCCGACAGGGCCGUCAUCACUUUGAGAAAUGGAGAAGUUUGGAUUUCUGUUCAUUUUCUUUCUAGAUGUUCUGGUGUGUUUUGGGAACGGUCAGCACCAUUUACGCGCGCGUGUCGGACCGUGGAGACAGAGGAUUCAGUGGGAGAACAACGGUCGCGUUUAUAGUUUAUUGAGCACAGGGACUCAGUAUCGAUCACCUGCUCAGACCAGAAGGCGCCCUCAGCUCUUACUGACCACAAAAAACAAUUUGAAUCGGCUUCAUCCGCCUUCUGCGCCCUUAAGCAGAACCACCAGAACCAGGUCUGCAGACAGCUCUUACCAAAACGACCUCAGUCAAAUGGGUGCAUCCGUUUUGGGCGCAGAUGGAGGACAGUACAUGAUUGCAUCGCGGCUACCCAACGUCGGGUCGGUUCAGUCCCGACCGCGCACGGUGACCACCAGACCUGCAGCUGUUGGACACCGUUCUCACAAAAACACGUUUAAUGUCAGCACUCCAACACCCAGCAACAUGCAGGAGUUCUCUGGUAGCGGAAUCCCAAGAGGAGGUCGCAGUUCUCCGGCGGACGAUGCUGGUGCGCAACAGAGCGCGUCACCGGUGAGCGCACACAACUUUACGCGUACGUCUGGAAGCCUGAAAUCAACUACGAGACCGAACACGUCUGAGUGGGUCACUGCAGGCGUGGAUGGUGUGAAUGAACGCCGCAUCCCGCAGCAAAGCAGCUUUGGAUACGCGCACAGAGCGCAGUCCGACAGCGCAGGCGAAUCAGAUGAUUCUCCUGCAGCGCUGUACAGCAACGCAGUAGAAAUCAACUUUUCUCAUCCAAGGCUGGAAAACACAGACGGAGGGGACACCCAGGAUCAGCACAGCGUUUCUAACACAAACUCAGUUUUCUAUAACGCGUACCCGCCUAAUGUCAGAGUCCCCGUGCGCCAUGCGCCCGGAACGGGCUUUGGCACCAAGUUCUUCCACAACGGUCUCCCUGAUUUGGUUCCUGAUCCUUACUACAUCCAAGCUGCCUCCUACAUCCACAAAAUGCAGAUGUACGCGCUGCGAUGCGCUGCUGAAGAGAACUGUCUUUCCAGGUCUGCGUACAAUCCAAAUGUUGGAGACCUGGACUACAGAGUCCUGCUGCGGUUCCCUCAGCGUGUGAAGAACCAAGGAGCAGCAGAUUUUCUCCCAGUGAAACCCAGACAUGAGUGGGAAUGGCACAGCUGUCACCAACACUAUCACAGUAUGGAGGCCUUUAGCAACUAUGACCUGCUGGAUGCCUCCAAUGGACAGAAGGUGGCUGAAGGACACAAGGCCAGUUUCUGUCUGGAAGAUACAUCCUGUGACCCGGGAAAACAACGCCGCUUCGCUUGCACCGCACAUACGCAGGGGCUUGGCCCUGGUUGCUAUGAUACAUAUCAUGCCAACAUCGACUGCCAGUGGAUCGACAUCACUGACGUACCUCCAGGAAACUACAUUCUCAAGGUGUCAGUGAACCCAUCACAGCUGGUCCAGGAGUCAGAUUUCUCCAACAACGAGGUGCAGUGUGACAUCAGAUACACUGGAAGCUACGUGCAGGCGAGAAACUGCAGGAUUACUGUGAGCUGACCUGACUGAAAGGAGUCAGCUUUUUGG